AUGCCUAAAUAUAAAAACAAAAGUAAAGUAAAUCGUGGCCGAGAUCUACAAAGUUAUUGGCAAUUGAGAAAACAGAAAAACCAGUUAGAAAAUCAGGAACGUCAGCCUUUGACAGAUACUAACGCUGUACAAUCACCUGACGACGACGACCCGUCUAGUAUGACAGUUGAUGAGAAGGCAAAGCAAAUUAUGCUGAGAGCGAAUAAAAUAGGUAAAUACGAGGUACGACGAUACGAAGACGAUGACGACGAUAUACGAGCGAGUCUCGCUAGAGCGCUCGCAUCACUACAACGUUAUUUAACGCUUGUUAAAAUGAAUUCAAAUUCAGGCGAACUGACCUGGACGAAGACUGAAUAUGAUCCUGAAAUCGAAAAUACUUCUAUAGAAAACUUGUCCAAGCGUGACCGUAUGUACUGGAGUUCGGAAAACACGAUGAAACUUAUUGAAAUGUUCGAGAGGGAUUGCAAAGAACUUUGGGAUAAUAAACACCCAUCGAACAAAGACAGAUGGGCUCGGCAAGCGAAACACGAGUACCUAGCGAAUGCUUUCGGUACGACCGCCGAGGAGAUAAGUAGAAAGUUACAUAAUUUGAGGACGCAGUUUAAUAACGAAUUGAGAAAGAUAAAGCGCAAACAGGCGGGGGGAGAGUGUUCGACGGGGAGCAGUGGGUGGGAGUAUUUCGACGCCCUAUUGUUCCUGAUGCGUGAGCCCCCUGUCGACUCCAACGACAGCGUGGACGGAGUCAACCUCGCGCUAGCUGAAUUUCAAGCUGAUGAAGAUGCAGAGUUCGGUGCCCGGGCGCAAGUGUCCUUCACUAACUCACCUCCUAGAACACGGAAACCAGUUUUGAGAGUAGCAGCAUCAGCGCCCCCGCCUUUACCCCCGAGCGCCCAUCCAAUGAUGUGGCCGGAAGAACCGCGCCCAAGGUUGCGGCCUGGAAUAAAUACGGAUGAAUGUCAGGUAUUUGGAGACUUUGUUGCGUCCGAACUGCGAACGCUUCGGUCAGACGAAUCACGUAAGAGGCUGAAGAGAAUUAUCCAGAAGGCUAUUCUCCAAAUCGGAGAGGAAGAAGAAGAUGCUAAUAUUAUAACCGGAUAGCGCCGAAGUCGUCUAGCGUCUGAAUCUUCAGACCUCUUAGAUUAUUAACGCAAGAAGAGAUUAUGUUUUUUUUUAGUUUUAAGAGGAUAGGGUACCUGAGUGACUUGAAAAAUAGGUAUUUGAAUAUGAAUAUGAAUGAAAUAUGCCAUCGCCGAUAUUGUUUGUCGAUAGAUAUCGAAAAAGAACCGAAUAUGUAAGCGUCAGACAACCACAGAUUUACUAAUCAAUAUAAUAAAUAAUGAUUAAAUUGUUUUCUUCGUU